AUCAAAAUGGCGGACGUAAAUGAAGGUUCGUCCGCUGCUCCAACCUACGAUUCUGAUCUGCUUUCUGACCAGGCCAACGACUCCGAAGCCAGCUCAAUCGGCGAAUUAGCGAGGAUUGCAGCUAAGAACAGAAAGCCAAAACUUCCUCAUUGGACGUCUUUAAUUGAUUGUCAGGAUGGAACCCUGCUGGAGCAGGUGGAGAUAUGCGUGUCGGAACAAGAGAAGAGAACGGGGGCCGGACGAACGGCAGCCAUGGGCAUGAAAGAUGUGUAUACCGUGUACCUUGUAGAAACUAGAGUGAAAGAACAAGGAGCUAGCGGCCUCGGUGAAGGUCACACGUCACUAUGGAGGAGAUAUAGUGAGUUUGAACUACUGCGGAACUAUCUAGUGGUCACGUACUCCUUUGUGGUCGUCCCUCCGCUACCGGAAAAGAGGAUGACGUUAAUGUGGCAGCAGUUGAGCACGGUGGACAACUUCGAUGCCGAUUUCAUCGAGAGGAGGCGAGUCGGGCUGGAGGGCUUCCUUCAGAGGGUCGGUGCCCACUUGCUGCUGUGCAAGGACACCGUCCUCCAUGGGUUCCUGCAGCAGGAGGACGGAUGGAAGGAUACGGUACUCGCAACAGGAUUCCAGGCAAAGCUGCCCAUUGGAUUAGAGACACAGCAAGACUCAAGACUGAAGAGCUUGAACGCCUCGUUCCGUCUCAAGAAACCGGACAGGAAAUUUGAAGACCUGAAGAACUAUGCUAGCGAUCUACAGAGUCACAUCACUGCAGUACUCAAAGUCAGAGCCAAGCUAGCGGAUAGGCUCUACGGCAUACAUAAGAUUCACGGCAACUACGGCCGGGUGUUCAGCGAGUGGAGUGGCAUUGAGCAGGAGAUGGGGGAUGGCCUGCAGAGUGCCGGGCACUUCAUGGACGCCUACAAAGACUACAUCGAUGACUACAUGAAUGAGGAAGAGCAGAUUGCUGAUCAACUCAAGGAGUACAUCUACUUUGCCGACUCUCUCAAGUCUGUGUGUAGGAAACAAGAGGUACUCCAGUACGAGAUGGAAAAGGCAGAAGAGAUGCUUGCCGCUAAGACACUGCAGAGGGAUCAAAUCCAGGGUAACACACCAAGCAAAUCCUUCUCCCUGCGUGGGAUGAGAUCUAAGAUCUUCGGCCCAGAGAGCCAGGAAUCCAGGGACGCUCAGGUCAAGCUUCUUGAGGAGCAGAUAGAGGAAUGCGAGCAACACCUGAAGAGAUCAACUCAAGAAUCUGUGUCUUUCAUGGAGAGGGCCCUUGCCGAGGUGGAAAGGUUCAAGAAGCAGAGAACUACAGACCUUAAAGAGAUAUUCAUCAACUAUGCUAUUCUACAAAUCAAAAUAUCCAAAAGGGGGAUUGCUGUAUGGACCAACACAAAGGAAUGCUUUGAGAAGAUGUGACCCUGCUCACAUUAUACAAGCAACUCAUGCAGACCAGUAUAACAAGAAAAAUCAUUCCUGAAUCCCAAUGCUUUCCAUAGCAGUGCCAGUAACUUUAAUUCUGGGCUUGGUUUUUAUUUGUCAGUAGAAGUUCAAAGUUGACACUGCCGCUAUCUGUGAGCAUUAUUGAGUAAAAACCAGUGUAGGGGUCGGGUCGCUUGUAGGGCUAGUAAAUAAAUUUACAUCCAGCUUGUAGCUAGUGUCAGGUAAAAUCACUCCAGUCUACACGUUAGGAAAGUAUAAUUAAACUUGCACAUUGGGUCUUUGUAUUAUGAUCUGCCUUCAUCGUAGCCCUCUUGUGGUCAAGUUGAGCCAGUGCUUGAGAUUGAAAGCAUUAUUUGUAUGCAAAGUUUGAUUGUCGGCAUAUGUGUCCUGCCAGAGACUGCUGUGAUAUUGAAAUGCCCAUUAACAAGACAUUUGCAAGUUAUGGGUCCUCAUGAUUCAGUGUCCACCCAUCUGUACAAGAAUUUCAUUGGAGAAGAAUGUUAAAUUUUCUUUUUGUUUAUUUUAGGUAGAAUCUCAGAUCAGUCAGCCUUAAGUGCACUUUGACCAUUGUAAGAUUAAAAACUGCAAUUUAAAUUGUGUAACUUAUUUGUUAUUGUAUAAAAUAUGAUUAAAAUAUUGCCAAUGCGAUGUUUAGACCAAUGAAAAUUGACUGCCAGUUUCGUGGCCAGUUGAAAUGUCAGGGCCACAUGGAUAUUUUGGCCGCAUGAAUACAAAAAACUUUGGUGUUUACAAAACUUCUACAAUCUUAAAAAAAUUUUUUUUUUAUUAACACAAAAAAGUUACCUCUGAGCUGCAAUGGUGUUCUUUCUUGUUUGUUCCAAUAAGCAAGAUAACCUUGUUUCCCGCGGAAAAAAUGCAUUUUGCAAUAAUGAAGUUUAAAAAUAACUUACUGCCAGAGACAUGACUCAAUUUUUUAAAAAGAGGGUUCGAUGUGAAACUAAUGAUCAAGUUACGUUGGUCUGAUGGUGCAUUUAUUUAACAAAAUAAAAUAUUGAAGAAAGUACAAAGUCAGAGAGAGGCAGCUCAAAGACAGUGUUGUAGUUGUCUAGAUUGGUCACGGUCU